GUUUAGUAGUCAGUAGUCCUCUAACAUUAAAAUCUAUCACAUAUUGUAUGAAAAGAUAGUUUAACUAUAACUAGUCUUUUAAUAAUUAAAACUUAUAUUGUAUUCAAUUAAUAUCUGCAGUCUAUUUGAAUCAAUAAUGUCUAUUAAACACGUGUUGAGCGCAGUUAUCAUUGCCGGCAUAUGGUGCCAAACACAUGGAGCCACAACGACGGCACCGGUAGCCGACAAGUAUGACGGCUGUACUAUUGGUAAGACCGCGACCUACCAGUGCGUGGGUCUGCCAGCGGGAUGUAUAUCCAAAAAGACAUGUGUGAUCGUAGCAAAAGCACAGCCGCGCACAGCACCGACAGCCGGCGCCCAAUUUGAGGUCUACUGGACCCGAGCCAAAGACUCGCCCGACUCGUGGGUAGGGGUGGGUCUGUCCGACGAUAGGAAAAUGGGCGACGACUCGGUCACGGAGUUUAUCAUUCAAAAGGACGGCACAGUUAAGCCUGGACAGGGACUCACUUUCUGUAAUCCCGAUCCCGUCACCACUACUCUCAAGCCUCCCAGUCAUAGCAAUAUGGUUUGUGGGGUCAAGGAUGUGGACAGUAAAGGCAUAACCGUGGCGUCCAGUCUAUACCAGGACGGAGUGCUUACUGGAAAGUGGGGCCGGGAUGAGGACAUCAAGUACGACGCCUUGGACUUCAAUAUUAAGGAUAAAUCCUAUUAUAUACUGCUGGCGUACGGCCCCUUAGAUGCUCAGGGUAAAAUCACAAAACACCAUGAGGUCAUCAUAUCGGAUACACCACUUUCGUUGGAAGCAAAUCCAGGCACAAUUACUGCGGCUCCCACUCCAGUGCCCACCACUGCCCCCUCGACAGCCCCCACUACUCCACAUAUAAGUACGACUACCCACUCGUCAUGUGCGCCCACCUCUCACAAUGUCAAUGGCGAUGAGGACAGGGAAGACAUAGAUGCUUUUGAUGAGGUGACGGAUGUUCAGGUAACACCACCAAAAACUAACGCAAAUGCCAAACCCAAACCUAAUGCACAGGCGGAUACCUCGAGCGCGGGUGGACCUCCCAAACCGCAACUGCGACCCCAGGACUUGGAGUUCUUGGAGGGUCUGUACAAAGGGAAGGACAAGAAGUCACAUCAGGAGAUGUCGGAUAAGAUUUACAAUUAUCUAGAUUUCCGAUACGAAGUCCUGUCAACGUAUCUCAAAAACACUCAACUCUUGAAAGCGUUCAUAAAGAGCGCGCAUAACGUGACCGAAGGUUUGCAACAAAUCUAUGAUAUCAUGGAAAGGGAGGAUUUAUCGGACUUUUUAGCAAGGUGGUAUAAGGUGAAGUACAUUCCCCGCAAACACCUGUUUGAUAUAACCGCGUCUAUCAAUAAGCCGGAUGCCAUUACUGCUAAACCUAAGACAGUACCCGAGACAAGUGCCGGUGCUGCAGGUGAUAGUGAUGCUAUAGACCUACCUGUCAAUAGGGAGGGUAAUGUUGAACAUUACUCUAAAGAGCAUUUACUUAAGGAUCUGGUUGAUGAACAUCGAAAGGCACAAGACAAUAUAGAGGCAACUGAAAAGCCAGCACUGGAUAAGGGGAACGGGCUCAUAUUUUCGGACAUAUCGCAGUAUAUCAAGCAAAAUGCCACUCAACACGGCUAUAACAACUCCAUCACACAGUCGGGUAAUCCGUUACUGGAAUCGGACUUUCAGCUCCUGGAUUGGCUGAACCCGGGCUCCACUCUAUUGAACUCAUUGAAGCCGUUGACCGGUUUGAUCGCCAACCAUAAGCCGGGCAAACCUGAAAAGCCUGAGAAACCUGAGAGACCUGAACCCCAGGAGCCGUUGGAAAAGCCGGAACACCCCGAAAGACCUGAGCGACCCCCUUAUGACAACCCUUAUAUCUAUCAGAAUAACUAUCAAAAUAGUUAUAAUAAUUAUAACAAUCGCCCAGUACAGUUGAGUUUAGGGGUUGAGUUGCCGGUGGCCGAGGAGGACGGGUCGGAUGAGGUAUCGACAACGGAACGGGACGUCGACAAGAUCUGGCAGGAGGUGUGGAGGGGCUCGGAGCCAAUGAAGGGCCUCAAGAAGGACAGGUACGGCUUCACCCGACAGGUGAACGUCAAACGAUUGCGGACUAAAGACAUUCAGUUCCUGAACGACAUCGCGAGGAAGAAGUACCGCAAAGACUACGUGGAGGUGGAGGAGAAGGUGUCGGACACCCUGAACACCACCUAUCAUGUGAUCUACGAUCCCAUUCGCACCGCUCAGGAGACGGCACAGUAUCUCAUAGACCACUACAAGAAGGAGUAUAAGAGGAAUAUGAAAAUGGUUGAGCAAAAGGUCCUUAAAUUGAUUACACCAUUGAUUGAGUGGAUUAAGUCGGCCGAGGAGUACGCGGCCGAAGUAAAUGCUAAUAAGACAGCUCACGAACAGAUGAAGAAUGAUACCAUUCACUUGAUUCAUAAGACCCUGAAUAAAAAUUUGGGCCCUAAGAAGGUGAAAGGAGCUAAAGGGGGCUUAUCUGAGGCCCAGUUUUACAACCGAUACUCAGAGGGAGGAAUACCCUCCUAUGGGUCCAGGAGGUAUGCCCCCAAAACUGUGGGCCAACUGUUUAGUGGACCCCCGCAAAGGCGCCAGGAAUACGACAUAUACAGGAGUGCACCGCCGAUGCCACUGCCACCGACUAUACUACCCGUGGGAAAGGUAUCUAAUUAUUACUACAAACACCACAAGCCGUUGGAUGACAGGAUAGAUCACGAGGAGGCCGAGGACUGGCGUAAUGAGGGUCCACUCAAUUACCAAGAAUAUGAUGAAUAUUCCUCAUCCGACGAUAAAAAGGGAAAGCCUUACGAAUCGCUGCACUCGGAUAGUGGUUACGAUAAGUCCAAUGAUGAACACCAUUAUAAGGAUUACAAAGCGGGAGGGGGCAAAAAAUUUGCAAAACUGGACAAACAUUCGGAUAGUGGGCACAAGUCUGCCGAGGUAUCCAAACUGGCCGGUGCUAAGGACAAACAGAUUGAGGGUCGUAAGGAACUGGAGCACGAGAGCUACAAAAACAACGGCGAAUAUUCACAUGAUAGGGGACAUGGAUUCAUAAAGUCGUGGUCGUGGGACAGGGCUCACGCUAAGAACGACGCCGCCGGACAGCUUACCAAAAAGCUGGCCGAACACUCCCUGUCCGAUAAGGCCGGGUAUGUGGCCGUUAAGGCGAAGGGCGAGGAGGGCCACGACGAGAAGGGCGUGAGUGCGGUGGCCGGUGCGGCCGGGUAUGGCAAGGAGGGCAAGGAGGAGAGCAGUAGUAAGUCUGAAAGUAGCGGUAAAUCCGAUUUUGAUAAGGAGUUUCCUAUUUUUGGCUAA